UGAACCUGCCAGGUGCUGGGUCAUCUGCUGUUUACAGGGUGGGGAAAAAGCCUCAGUAAUUUAUCUUCUACUACUUGAACCAUUUUCAAACCCCCACUAGCAGAUGGAAUGGGAACAGUGGUGGUUUCAAGUUGCCGAUGGUACCUGGGAGUGAUGAGCGCAACAUGCACCACGUUCACCCUGUACCCUGUCAAACUGUUGCUGCUUUGUGCUGUACUUGGCAUCCAAACUGCUCGUUGCUUUGGCUCUCGUGUUGUUGAGCACAGUGGUGAAGAGUCCCUUAACCUCAGUGGCACCAAUGAGAGCGUGGCCAACAGCAGGCACGUCCGAUCCGUGAGUGACCUGCCACAGCCCCGCGACUGCGUGCUCUCCGCCUGGUCCUCAUGGAGCAAGUGUGAUCCCUGCCAGAAGAAAAGGUACAGAUUUGCCCGCCUGGAACAACCCUCUCAGUUCAAUGGAGAUCCCUGUGAUCACUCUGACAGAGAAACCGAAGACUGUGUUACGAAUAGUCCUUGCAGGAAUAAAGUUAGAUGUGAUGGGUUUGUGUGCUCAGUCACAGGGAGAUGCAUUACACGGAGGCUACUCUGCAAUGGGGACGAUGACUGUGGGGACCAGUCAGAUGAAAAAAACUGCAAAAAGGUGUUUAAAAAGUGUGACCAGAAGAUGGAAGAAUACUGGGGAAUAGAGAAUCUGGCAAAAGGGUUAAAUAUUUUCACAAACAACUUGGAAGGAUUAGUUCUUGAUCACAGGUACUAUGCUGGGGGAUGUUCUUCCCAUUAUAUCAUGGACACAAGAUUCAGAAAGCCAUACAAUGUAGAAAGCUAUACACCAGAGACCAAAGGCAAAUAUGAAUUUACAAUGACUGAAUAUGACUCCUACUCAAAUUAUGAAAGCAAUGUCCUGAAGGCAAAGGCUUCACAGUCAAGCUUCAGCUUUGGUAUAAAAAUACCAGGACUGUUUGAGCUCGGUUACAGUUCAAACGACAACAGGUUCAAGAAGUUCAUUCAGAGGAUGAAAAGAUUUUCUUCAACUUCCAGCAAAUUCAUCCAUGCCCGUUCUGAGCUGGCUGUUGCUGUUUAUAAGCUGAAGCCCCGAGCCCUGAUGCUGCAUUACGAGUUCCUGCAGAGGCUCCACCAGCUCCCGACAGAGUACAGCUACGGGGAGUACAGGGAGCUCUACAGGGACUAUGGGACCCACUACAUCACUGAGGCCACUGUCGGUGGCAUCUAUGAAUAUACUUUAGUCAUGAACAGUGACGAGCUUCAGAAGGCAGGUUAUUCUCUGAGCGAUGUCCAAAAAUGCACCCAGAAUGGCUUUAACAUUGGUGCAAAUAUUGAUGAGGUCUAUGUGAGGCUUGGAAUAAAUGCAGCUGGCUGUAAAUCCAUUCUUAAAGAGAUUGGAGACAGCACCUCCAAAAAAAAGUAUGUGGAAGAUUUCAUUGCCCUGGUUCGCGGCGGAGCAAGUGAACACAUCACCACGUUGGCCUACAAAAACCUGCCAACAGCUGCACUCAUGCAGGAGUGGGGAGAUGCUGUACAGUACAACCCUGAAAUCAUAAAGCUAAAGGCAGAGCCACUGUAUCAGCUGGUGACUCCAAAUGACUUUGCCAGUGCAAUCACAAUAAAAGAGAAUCUGCGACGGGCUCUGGAUGAGUUUCAGCUGGAGACCAGUUCCUGUCGCUGUGCUCCGUGCCAGGGCAAUGGCACCCCCUUCCUGCGAGGAACAGAAUGUGAAUGCUUAUGUCCCCUUGGCUACAGCGGCAUCGCUUGUGAGAUCAGCAAGAGAAAAGAUGCUGCUAUUAGUGGAAACUGGGGCUGCUGGGCCAGCUGGUCUCCAUGCUCAGGAGGUCAAAGAACAAGAAGACGACAGUGCAACAACCCUGCCCCACAGAAUGGUGGUUCAUCGUGCUCAGGGCCAGACUUGGAGACAGUUAAUUGCUAGAGGGAAUCAUUAGGAACUUACAAAAAAAGUGAUGGGCAUUUGGAAAACUGGUUGGGAAGAUGUCACCUGACUGGCUUUCUGAGUUGGCCUCUCUCUGCUCAUGGGUCUCAUCCAAGUGUACUGAAGUCAGAAACAUUUCAAGACACUGGGAGCUGAGAGUGUGUUAUGAAUCACACCUUUGGACAUGCCUUGCAAUUGUCCCAUGGGAUUGAAUGUGCUUACUGACCUUAAUAUUUUGCCUUUUCCCUGUCUUUAUUGCAAUGGGCUGAGACAAGCUUUAUCUCCUGCUGUAUUUGGUAGCUGCACGAUUUAAAAUUGUACUGUCUUGUUUUUGAAGGUUCCUUUGAGAUAAGAAAAGACUGUUUGAUCUGAGGCGCGGCAGAAUGUGAGCUAAUAUGCAGCUUCUGUGAAGACAGCUGUGUCAUGUGGAGCAAAAUACAGCAUGUUAAAGUCCAAAUCUCAAUGAGCACAACAGUAUCUAAUGUGACAUUUAAAGCCUCUGUGCCUCAAUACCCCAGUUGCCCAAUUUAUUGUAUUUAACUUAAAUUGUCUGUCAUAUGAGAAAUCGUCUUCAAGGAGUGGAAACCAAAUGGUGACACCAAAGCCUUGUGAGACUAUACAGUAGUUUUUCUCCUACCACAGUAGGAGAUGAGCCUCCUCCUUUGCCUUUCUGAGGUAGAAGAGAUGCACCAAAUAUCAGAUGCACCCUGGUAUGCUCAGAUACAUCAGUGCUCUGGUUCCUUGGGAAGGGGAGGGAAGGACAGCGGGAUGCAGCUGGGAUGGAUGAGGAACUGGAAAGCAGCUGCUGCUGCUUCUGCUGCUUGGGGAUAUUGGAGAGCAGGAGAGAUGGCUACACUUGAUGGAGAGGCUGUACCUUGACUAGGGAUGUCACUCCAGGAUGCCAGGAUCCUCAGUUGGAGCAGGAUGAGCACCAGCAUAAUCAUACAGUCACAGAAGGGUUUGGGUUGGAAGGAACCUUAAAGAUCAUCUCCUUCCAACGCCUCUGCCAUGGGUAGGGACACUUUCACUAUCCUAUGUUGCUCCAAGCCCCAUCCAACCUGGCCUUGAACACUUCCAGAGAUGGGGCAGCCACAGCUUCUCUGGGAUAAAUGGAGCUUUUUGGAACAAUUGGUUGUACAUUCCCUGAGGUGUUCUACCUGUAGUAGCUGCCUCUGUCCCAGGCAGGCUCUGUUUCAUCUGUUUGAUCCCAUCAAAGUCUGUAUUUCAGUAGCUACACUGCUAGUCCGCUCAGGGUAGGACAUCUGACUUGAAGAGAGUUUGCUAAUGAAAAGAGCCAAAGGAAAUGGUUUGCCCUUUAUUACUGUCCCUGGAGCUGUGCAUCAUAAUGCAGAUGUAACAACAGAGGAACUUAUAAUAUUGUGCACCAUGUCAUGACCAACCUGAGCCUGGAUCAUUCCGGGGACUUGCCUCUUACAGCUUUGUUGGUGGUUAAUGAUUUUUCCAAAGGCAUUUGGCUGGGCCUGCUGUAAAAUAACCAACAAUAGCUUUGCUCCAAAAAGCAAUUCCAUCAGUGUAAAGUUGUUCAUGAGUGUUGUGAGUCUUCUAACAUCCGCAAGGUCAAACACUCUUCUGAGGGUUUUUAGCAGUGCUGGUGAUGGUGGGUUGGUAUUGCCAGUUUCUCCCCUUUCAGACUGAUGUUGUCUAAAUGUAAUUCCUAUAAGAACAGCUCAGGCUCUCUGACAUCUGAACAAUGGAACAUGCAUUUAGUUGUAGCCCUCAUGCCGCCUCCACACUUAUUGACAAGGUUUCUGUGACAGCUUUAAGAAAGGCAGAGCACAUUGCAUAUGUAAAAGAUGAGUGCUCUAUACUCAUUAUGGGCUUCACAAUUUAGCUGCCAGCCCAAAACAUUUCCCUUUUCCACUGUGCAGCUGUGAUAUCUUUUGUGUGAUAGAAAUUUGCCAGGAGAUUAAUUUUGGGUCAUGGUCAAAGAGGUCACUGCUUGUGUGAAGGAUGACAUUCCUCCAGGUUUUUGAAGGCACACGAGAAGCUCUGCAGCUGAGGACCCUGAGCAUGGUUCCUGGGUGCCUGUAAGGACAGGUACUUCAGUGUCAUUGCCUGCCCUUCUUGAGAAUGAUCAAUGUAAUCUCACAAAGGAAAUUUCUUAAAUGAGUCAAGUGGGUUUUGUAAAUUUAACCACCUUCCCUGAUCAUCAAGCCGAUUAAACACGUAGUGGUGGUGCCUCUAUCCAUGGCUGUGGCAAGCAGAGCCAAGUGUAGCAACCUGGAUUGGAACUCUUCUUCCCAAAUCAGAAAAGCCCAGAGUUUUUGAAGUGGCAGUGCCUGGGUUUGUAUAUUUGGGAGUUUUUUUGGAGAAAGAGAGGAGAGAUUUGACAGUCGUCAAGAUCAGCAAGGUAGUCUAACUGAAGUAUGAGUUCAACAGUGGUUGAAUAUGCAGCCUGCAGGCUUAGAAGCUCCCAUAAAGGACAUAACUUUAUCUUGUCCUUGUGAUUUUGUGCUUUGAUUCAACUAACUAAUGAUUUAUUAUAACCUGGAGGGUAAUAAAAAAUACUAUGCUGAAGCUUU